AAUAUCAAUCUCACCUUCAUUGCAUUUAAUGUAUAUUUUUGCAUCAUUUUCUUUUGUAACAAAAAUACACAUGUAUGUAUAUGUAUAUGCCUAUAUAUACACGCAUAUCUGGACAUACAUGUGUUUGCGUGGAUUUUGUGUUUCAUUCAGCAGCAGGCAGGAAUCGUAUCACUGAUUUGCAGGACUCUCUCCUAUUUUCUCUGUCUGCUUCCAGGAAAAGCAGCAAGGCAUCCGUGUGCGCGUCUUUGUAAGCGCGUGCGUCUAUUCUUCCAUUCCACGUUUGCGUUUUGUUUUUUAAUCCUUUGGAGGGGAAGGUGAUAUUUUUUUUUUAUUUUUUUUAACAAAACAUGAGAUCCAAAGCACUGCAUUCUGCAAUGCCAUCAUAUCAAUGGAGAUACAGCAGAGACUGAUCCCUUCAGGGCCAUAGAGAGAUUGUCCCCCUAAGAUGCCGAGACUGGACGCCCUGUUCAUCCUGGUGGUUUCCAUGUCGUAUUUCAACCCCGAAAAGGCCUUGGCAGCCCCAGCAGAAAAUGACGGUUCUUCACAAGGACGGGCUCCUCUCGCCCCACCGUAUGCAGUGGUCCUUAUCUCCUGCUCAGGGCUAUUAGCCUUCAUCUUUCUGCUCCUCACCUGUCUCUGUUGCAAGAGAGGAGAUGUCGGAUUCAAGGAGUUUGAGAAUCCUGAUGGGGAAGAGUUUUCGGGGGAAUACACCCCGCCUGCCGAGGAGACCUCCUCCUCUCAGUCCGUUCCUGAUGUAUAUAUUUUGCCUCUUUCAGAGGUGUCUUUACCUGUCCCCAGCACACAAGCUCCUAAAACAGUAAAGCAAACAGGCUUUAGUCGGCAGGAUCUAAGCUAUCUCCAGGAGAUUGGGAACGGAUGGUUUGGAAAGGUGAUCCUGGGUGAGAUUUUCUCAGACUAUACCCCAGCCCAAGUGGUUGUUAAGGAGUUACGAGUCAACGCCAGCCCAUUAGAACAAAGAAAGUUCCUGUCGGAAGCACAGCCUUAUAGGAGCCUUCAGCAUCCUAACAUUCUCCAAUGCCUGGGUCUGUCCACAGAGACGAUUCCCUUCCUGCUGAUCAUGGAAUUCUGUCAGCUGGGAGACUUGAAAAGAUAUCUAAGAGCCCAGCGGAAGGCGGAUGGCAUGACUCCCGACCUCCUUACGUGUGACCUCACAACAUUGCAGAGAAUGGCGUAUGAGAUAGCGCUGGGACUCAUGCACCUGCAUAAAAACAAUUACAUACACAGUGACUUGGCUCUCAGAAAUUGCCUUCUCACCUCUGAUCUUACUGUUCGUAUAGGAGAUUAUGGAAUUUCUCACAACAAUUACAAGGAGGAUUACUAUAUCACUCCUGAUCGACUCUGGAUCCCAUUGCGCUGGGUGGCACCGGAAUUACUGGAUGAGGUUCAUGGCAACUUAGUUGUGGUCGACCAAAGCAAGGAAAGCAAUAUCUGGUCCCUUGGAGUAACAAUUUGGGAACUCUUUGAAUUUGGGAGCCAACCAUAUCGCCACCUGUCAGAUGAAGAGGUGUUGACCUUUGUGAUCAAAGAACAGCAAAUGAAAUUGGCAAAGCCCCGACUUAAACUGCCCCAUUCAGAUUACUGGUAUGAAGUUAUGCAGUCCUGCUGGUUAUCUGUUGAACAGAGGCCCACAGUAGAAGAACUUCACCUACAGCUCACAUAUCUAUUAAAUGAAUGCUCCAACCAGACAGAAGAAAGCUUCGAGUGGCGUUGGAAUGCUCUGAAACCAAGCAAAUCAUCAGGUGGUCCAUUGCGCCACUCAGAAGAGAUUUCAGCAUUUCCUCUGCUUGACAAUUUUAGUAGUGGAGAUGGAUUCCAUGCUGACAUGGAUGACAUUUUGACGGUAACAGAGAGCAGCCGUGGGCUCAAUUUUGAGUAUAUGUGGGAGAAAGCAAGACUCGGGCGCUGGAAGGCAUCUUCACAAUGCCAAGACUACCCACCAAACAGUGGCGGUCUAACUGUGCCUGCUAAUCCAUUUUAUGAUUCCAGCCACCAACAUUCACGCCAGAGUUUGGAGACCCCUAGUGUGGUCCCAGUUAUCAGUGCUCGCAGUCCUUCAGUAAGUAGUGAAUACUAUAUUCGCUUAGAGGAGCACACAGACAGGGGUAACACUGUUGACUGUACCGUCUGUGCACCCAGUCCAGUUUAUGAAAGAAAAUAUGACUUACAAGAAAAGAGAACACUUCACCAGCGUAUGUCUCUAGGGAGCCCGUCCUCUCCUCUAGAACCUCUUUUUCCUUCAGACUGGGACCCACUAGAGAGUGGUAGAACCAGUCCUGAUGAACCACCCGCCCACCUGGUUUUGCACGAAGUUCCUAAACUUAUAGACAGGUGGACACCAAGUAACAGCAAUCCUUUUAUUACAAUAGGGCGAGAACUUCCUCGUUAUGUAAACCCUUUCUGUGGAUCAAUGGACAGAGAUUUAUCAAGGCAAGUACAAGAGACAUCUCUAAUGGAUCCCAUGUCAGAUGUCUUUUCAUCAGAUUCUAUCUUAAAUGUUUAUCGGGACAUUGAAGAUCACAGGAGGAGCUGGGACUCUGAUACACUUGAAGAAAGAGGGGCUGGAGAAACAUUAGCCGGAGAUCCUGAAUCUCUUGCUGAGUUCUUGGAUGAUCGUGCCUCACCGUGGGAUUGCGAGGCUUCUUUAAUGGAAGACCAAAGCACAGAAAGCAGUAGCAGCAGUACAGACAAUAGUAAUCACCGUAACAUGCCUUCAUGUCCUUUGUGUAGCAGAGGGAUGUUGGGAAGCCUUCAGAGAUGCUCUUGUGCUAUGUUACGUGGGGAUGUUGUAAUUGACUGGACCACUCAUGUUGCCAUGCAUCAGGACCAUUAUGGCUUGGACGAUGAUUCAUCUUUGAAAGUUGAACAAGGUUCUUUAUCAGAGUGCUCUAUGCAAGCAAGAACAUUUGGCGAAGGUGAUCUAUAUUCUGGACCUUUUGGGGAGAGCCUUUGUGCAUCAGAACACCAGGAAUUUUAUGACCCCCUCAUGGGCACAGCUGUAAAAAGUUAUGAUAUUCAAGAUUAUCGUAAUCGUAAUCAAAUGAAGGCUUAUGAAUCGCUUCAAAAGACUGUAUCCAAUCAUCCACCUUCUCCUUUUAUUGGAAUUUCUAACUCCAUGGCUAACUGCAGUGUGAUUGUGCCUAUUGAAAUCCCACCUCUGUCCACUUUAGCGGAAACCAUAGAAGAGGAAACUAUAGAGAUCGCUCCAGAUGUGAUAAAAAGGUUCCCAGUCAGUCGUAAUUUGCUUGCAGAAAAAACACAGCAUGGCCCUAGGGUAGCACUAGACUCUGUCGAUUCUUUGGACAUUCCAUCAAACACUAGCUCGUCAGAUGCAUGCAGUCCAUCUUCUCACUUUUCUUCACCUGGGCAGAUGUUUGGAGACAGUGGCUAUGAAACAGAGAAUACAUUCUCUCCUGAGUUCACCUUUAAAGAAAUUACAGACGAUGACGUAGGGCCUAAAGAUUUAAAGUUGACUUUAACACCAAUAUCAGAGUCAACCAGUGACUUGACAUUGACUGAGGAGUUCUCAGAAGCACCAGCUACCCCUAUGGAGGAGGGGUCGCUUCGAACACUGGAUCUCGCAACACCACACAGAGAUUCUGCUUAUUUUUCUGAUUUUGACAAUGAACCAGAGAAACAUUGUCGCUCUACUAGACAAAGGCUUGAUGGUGAAAAUCAUAAUGGAUUUUGUAAGGAGGAAGACAUCACAUUUACAAUACCAGCAGAAGAAAGUGAUCAUAACGAGAGCGAUGAACAAGCAGCUGAAGAAAUCAAUGCCAGUGAAAGGGCUAACGAUGAUACACCUAAAGAUUUAACUGUCACAGCAAUGGAUAACAAACAAAGCCAUGCAACAGAUGAUGUUAAAGAUGUCAGGGAAGGAAAUGUCAACUGCAACGGUGGGUUAAAACCAAAGGAAAAUGAAUUAAGUCAUCUGCUUUCUGAAAAGAAAGCAACAGAGCAAGAAGGUUCUGAAAAGGUACACGUUGGAAUUGAUCAGAAAAAUGGAAAUGAAAAUGUACUAAAAAAACAUUCCGAAAGUGGUUUUGUAGUUCAGGUUUGCAAGGAACAACUUCUGGUCUCGUUGAGAGAAAAUGUAACUAGAAAUGUAUUGUCCACCUUUGAAUCAUCCGGGACUGUGAACUCUUGUGUCUUAAAAGAUACGGCCGUACUGAAGUUUUGGUCCUUGGAGCCAGAAGUUACAAAAGCUGAAGCCACAUUAAACAGCGAGCUUCUGGACAGUGAUUCACCUGAAAGCUCCAAACAUCAAAACCCAGAAUGCAGUAAUUCACCAACUUGUGACAAUACCAGGGACACUAAUUCGACUCAUGAUUGCUCUACAACGGAGUCGGAGGGGAUCCAAGAAUACAGCAAAACUAAUGGGGAGGAAGCCCCCGAAGAAGAAAGUUUGGCGGAGGUAGAGAAAAAUGCCUGUAAGCAGGAAAGCUUUGAAGAAACUAAGGUCAUAUCAUCUGAAAAACCCACUAACAACUGCCUAGAGAAACGAGACGAAAAUUCAGCAGAUUAUAGUGAGGAGGAGGAGGAGGAACGAUCAAAGCUUGCCGUGGACAUCAGGUCUCCAGCAAAUCCGGGAAACGAGGCCAUAAAAGCAAAAGUGGCAAGGCUCUCUUUGUCCCUUCCACCGCUAAAUCUUCAGGCCUUCCAAAGUCCCACUGUGCGCAAGUCAUUUUGGGACAGCGCUGAAGAAAACACAAGAGCACUACAGUACAACAAGGAUGACGAGGAGGAAGAUGAUGGGUUUGGAUUACCAGAGCCGCAGCGAACAGGCUCAGAGUUUGAAGGAGAGCUGUCAGGGGUCCCAAUUGUUGUGACUGAGAUGGAUGAUGGACGCAACCUACGUAGUCUCCUGAAAUCUCCGAAAUCCGCCGAUGAAGUGGAUGAUGAUCUUGAUCGAAAGAGAAAGAUGGUGUCCUUUUUCGAUGAUGUCACUGUUUAUCUGUUUGACCAGGAGACGCCAACAAAUGAACUGAGUAAUCAAAACGCAACAGAAAAUGAUCAGAUGCAAAAUCCUUCGUUGGAUGCAAACAUUGACGGUUUCUCAUCACCUGACGGCUUUGGCGGUAGCUUUGAGUGGGAUGACGAUUUCCCACUCAUGACGCAAAACUCCUCGUACAUUGCCAUGGCAUCAGAAGGAGCUGCUCUGAAAUCACAGAUAAGCCCCACCACACCAGCACCCCCUUCCUCACUUCAAGGGAAGCGGGUGGAAACUAACCUGAUGGACACACUCAGGUUUACCCGCUUCACAGUCUCUCCUGCUGUGGAUCCUCAUCUUCCAGUUUGUGACUCGGAAGUAGCGCCGCCUGCAGGUGCUAUCGAGAACUGAAGAUGUUGUCCCUCUUGUUGGACAGACCCUGUGGUGGGCAUGAGCCAGCGUGAACCAUCUCUUCAUACUCCCCAGUGUCCCUUAUUUGCCUGGUCAGUUCCAGGCUACAGCAUAUAUCUGUGAAAAAGGUAGACUUCUACAGGAUUACAAGUUUCAGGGAGACACCCUGGAAAAGACUUAUGGAACAAGUGAGACAUUUAAUUGCCAAAUGAAUGAUCGAUUUAAGGAUUAGUACCAGCGCAGGAACUCCUCAUCAAAUAUCCUGGAUAAACAGUCUCGCCCUACUGGUUUUCUAUAGGACGUUUUUCAUAUUCUCCAUGUGCCAAAUUUAUUCCAUUUUAUUUGAUGCCCAGUUCCAGCAAUGGGUCUUGAUUUACAUGUCGGUGUUGUUUGUUCUCAUUGACUAAUACUGUAGCUAUCAGAACCUCAACCGUCCGCAAUAAUAAUGUUUAUUUUCUAAUCAUGAGCCGUGAAUAUAACAAA